AUGGCCACUCUCUUUACCAAAGGUCUCUCUGAGGUCGACAGGUCGGCCGUUGUCACCAAGGUCCACCUCGCAUGCUCUCCUGUGGACAUCAGCAACCCUGAUUCCAUUCUACACUGGGCGGUGUCUCUGGAGUUGACUGAAACAUCAUCCGUUAUUAUGGAUAUGAUCCCUGCAGGUAUUGAUGGAAGGACAGGCGUCCUCGUAGUCUCCAGUAGUCAGGAGCGCAUCCUCGAGCAUAGCGUCGAACCAUUCACAAUUUCCACCGCCAACACUGCGACUGUGAAUGAUCUUCUUUCCGUCAUCAUAGACAAGAAACGGCACCAGUACAAAUACGAUGAUUCUGGAAGUGGAUGCCGUUACUGGUGCACCGUAGUUGUGGACGAUUGGGAGCAGCAGGGCCUAGUCACCCCAGGCGCUCACAACGAGCUCGAGAAUCAUAUCUCUCAGCUUAGUGGGAAGAACCCUGCUCGGGUUCCCAUGCCAGUUCGGAAAGGAACUUUCUACUGA